UGGCCAGAGAAGCCUAUGGUAUGGCAGGCCUCCAGGGCCCAGUGGGGGACAGAUGAGGUGUGUGAAGUGCAGGUGCCCUCGGGCUCAGGUGAGGGUCCUUCUGCUAACAUCGUGUCGCCGCAGGAGGAGGAUCCCCUGAGCUUCAUCCGCGCCUGCUGCACGCGCAGACCCCAGGCAGAGGCACACAAGCUGAGCUUUCUGGCCUCCAUCCGUGCUGUCUGCGAAGCUGCCCUCGAGGACCGCAGUGCAUACUACGGGCUGUGUGUCUGCCCGCUGGAGGUGGCACAGUGCAUUGAGGAGCUGCUGCAGGAGGAGCCCGCCGAGCGCCUGGACACGGAGCUACAGCAGCAGGCCCUGAGCACCAUCGCCGCCAUGAGCUGCGCGCGGCUGCUUCCAGAGGAGCGGAAGAGCGGCCUCCUGCGCGCCUGCCUCGGCAGCGUCCUGCACCUCCCUCGCCACGAGGAUGCGAAGGACCACAACACUGCACUCUGCACAGAGACCAUGGAAGCCCUGCACCACCUGCUGCAGGUGCUGGUGGGCAGCGCCGGCGCCUCUGUCCUCCUGGAGCUGCAGAACAUCGUGGAGCUCCUGCUGCCCUUCACCACGUGCCAGCUGGCGGCCGUGGAGGAGAGGGCCGUGGCGUGCAUUGCCAGGCUGCUGGCCUUCAGCAACACCUGCUCCUUGCCCGAGGUGUGCUCCUGCUUCACGGGAGCCGUGAUGCUCCGGCAUCGGUGCACGGAGAACCAACGUUUCCCCGUGCUGGGGAAGCUGGCCGGACACCUCAUCCUGUGCUGCACCUCCACGGAUGAGGCGACCAGAGAUGAGGCGAUGAAGGCUGUCCGUCAGCUUUUCAUUUUCAUCGCCUCCCAAAGAAUGUGGCUGUGGCAGAAGGAUCCCAAGAAGCCACAGCUCCGGGAGCGCGAGCAAACACUGCUCCACCAGCAGGUUUCCCAAGAGAACAGUGUCAGCAAAAUCUUCGAGAUGUUUCUGAAAUACCUUCAGUACCCCGAAAGGGUCAAUGUUUUCCUCACGGCCAUCGAGAGCAUGACAGCGCCGAGCCUCCACAGCACUGAGCUGGCUGCCCACAUGGUGGAUGUGCUCGCGGCAGAGGCUCGCUUCCCUCCAGGGCAGGUGCGCAAGAUCGUGAAGAUGAUCUACAGCAGCCUGCCUUCCAUCAAAGCCGAGCUGGUUCUCGAAAGCCUGGGCAGGGCCCUGCUCGUGCUGGCCAACAAACACCCGAGAGAGAUGGUUAGCAGCCUGCUGGGCUGCUCCCCCACUUGCACCAGUGUCGCCGUCACCAUGUGGAGGGCAAUGCUCUCGGAGCCCCCGGCCGUGGAGAAGGUGCUGCAGGAGCUGCUCCAAGUGCUCACAAACCAUUCUCUGUACCACAUGUCUGCAUCCGCUGGGGACAGGCCACGUGUCCUCGCCCUGGCCGCAGCAAGGACCAUCCCUGAGAUAUUCCAGUUGCCUCUCGUCCUGAAGGAGGCGGAGGCCAUUUUCCCCCAGCUCUUCCUGGCCCUCCUCUUGCAAGCGUCCUUCACCGCGGAGCUGACGCUGCAGGAGGUGGAAAUCUUCUGGGUGGAGCACCAGCAGGGCCAGCUCACUCCCAUCAGGUCCGCAGUGCGGGCCUUGAAGCUGCUGCUCUGCAGCGUGGGCCUCCAGAGGCAGAUGGAGGCCAUUCAGGAGCGGGGCGGCUGGGACGCGCUUCUCAGCGCCGUGACCCACCUCCAGGGAGUGCAGGUGGUGGCCAGGGUGAUGAGGGAGCUGCCUGGAGCUCUGCGUUCCCCCAUCUUCCACCAGCUGCUUGAGCUGCUCAGCACCAAGUUCUGCUCCUGGGAGAUGGUGGCCAUGGUCUUCCUCGUCGAGAUGCUGGAGCGUGUGGACCUCAACGAAGAGCUCCACCGCGUCGUGAGCCUCUUCAACACCUGCGUGCAGAGCCAGAGCGUGGGCGUGCAGCAGCUGGUGCUCAGGGGCAUCCUGCAGCUCAGCACGAGGCAGGACACGGCGAGGAAAAUGCUCGGCCUGCUGCCGUGCAUCACGGAGCAGCUGCAGGACGCAGACAGCAGCGCCCGCACCGUGGCCCUGCCGGUGCUCAGCACCCUGCUGCGGCUCCUGGAGAGGGGGAAGCUCAGCCUCGUGGCUCUGGAGCUGGCCGGCAAGCUGCCGGCGCUCUUUGAGGACGAGUCCGGCACGGUGCGGCAGCUCUCCAUCCGCCUCUUCUUCGACACGCUGAGCUUUGUGGAGGGCAGAGAAAAGAAGAAGAUGAGGAAGGAGGUGUACAGGAGCCUGGUCCCGUUGUAUCUGCACCUGCACGAUGAGGAAGAGAGCGUGGCCGAGGCCUCCCAGAAAGCCUUCCUUGGUGCCGCACGGUUCCUGCGCUGGAGGCGGCUGGAGCACCUGGUGCAGACGGCGCAGUUGUGGCAGAUCGGCGAGUGCAUGCUGGCCGAGAGGAGGAAGAGUGCAGCGUGGGACUACCUGGGACAGAGCCUGCUCUACCUACAGAGCCCGCAGGAGCCCCUGCGCCGGGAGGCCGCGAGGUUCAUCGGUGAGCCACGAGACUGACGUUCCCCUGUCCCCG